UUCACGGGUUUAUGAAAACCACUCUAUACAAAGUAUACUGAAACACUGUUUAUUUUUUCCCAUGCUCCCUUUCGGUCUCUGCCUUGAUGACGUAACCUUUUCGUGUAGCUUCGUUUGUUAACAUCCUGGAAAUUCAAUAAAUCUCCUUUUAAAAUCUUUCAGACUUUGCGUUAUCUAAAUCAAAUGUGAUUACAAUAAUAUUGUUUAAAAUUCUUAUCCUUUGUAUGAAAAGUUAAUUCCUUUCUUUGAAAUUCCAAGGUGAAAUUUCUCAAUAGUUAAGCAGGUGCAAGAUAUGGUUUUUAAUUUUAAAAUCACUUAAACUUUUUAAUGUGCAAAGAGGGCAAAGAUUUGCUCCCUGUCAAUCUAUAUGACCAGGAAAAAAGAAAAAUACGGUAUUUUUUUCCUGCAUCAAAUAACCGAGUUUUACGUCUGUGAAAAGGAGAAAGCAUCAAAUCAAACUUCAAAUAUCAACGAUAUUAUUUUUUGUUCCCAUUCAGCAUUCUCUGUUGUUUCAUUGAUUCUUAAUUUCUAAAAAAAUUGCGUGUGGUACGCGUCAUAGUGAGCAUGUCAUUAAACUUAGAUGAAGUCAAACUACUUCGUUGUGAUAUGACAACAUUCAGAUUCGUUUAUUUCAACAAGAAAAAGUUAGGAUGGAUUUCCGUAAAACUAAAAUAACGUGUUAUAAAAGAGUUGUGGUGUUAGUUUUGUACAUGCUACUUGGAGCUGUCAUCUUUUUACAACUGGAGAAAACUGACGAGCCAAAUCAAGUUGUUGCAAAGCGUAUCUUAGAAUCAGCAAAAGGCGAACUCGCCCUUCAGCUGAAGGUUAAUAUCACAGAUCAGGAGUUCCUUAAUCUUGUAAAGACCAUUGAUCAGGCGCUGGAGAUUCAGAAAAGAAAUGACUGGACGUACAUGAAUGCCUUGAGUUUCGUCUUGGUGUCUUUGACAACAAUCGGUUAUGGAGAUAUUGUUCCAAGGACUCUCGCAGGCCAAAGUGUUUUCAUCAUCUACGCUGUGAUCGGUAUUCCUUGGACAGUUUUGACGCUUAAAAGUACUGGGGAAGUCACUUGUUUCUAUAUAAGAAAACUCGUUAUUUUCACUGAGAAAGUAAUGUGUCGUAGACUCACUCAUGACCAUAUUAUUGCCAAAUGCUUUAUGGCGUCUUUUCUUUUUUUCCUAUUGUAUCUCGUUUUGACAGCCUUCGCUUUUCAACAUAUAAAUAAUAUUUCGUACUUUGAAGGCUUUUAUGCAACUUUUGUGACCGCGAGUACGAUUGGAUUUGGGGAUUAUACCAUGGAUUUAAAUCACUUAUUUGACAAGUAUAGCUCCUUUACGUUAGCACUGCUGUUAGUCUCGCAGAUCCCUGUGAUCUUGUUUAACUUAACAACUGUUUCGUGUUUUUUCGACUUCGCCGUUGAGAUGUUAGAAAAGCCACGUAAUGUAGUGAAUGGAAGUGGAGUAGAAUCUGCCGAAACUAUGGGAGACGACAGCAAUGACAAUAGAAACAACAUCUCCACUAACGACAACAAUACGAGCAACAUUGUCAAUAAGUAGCAAUGGCAAUAAGAUAUGAUUAAAAAAAGAAUGGCAAUGAGGACUUAGUUGGCAGUUGCAAUCAUUGUAAUAACGAAACAUUGACGGUUACGCAAUAGGGACAUUAUUGGCAAGAGCAAUGGCACUAUUGAGACAUAUAGUAGUAGCCAUGGUAAUAGGGACAUAAUUGACAGUAGCCAUGGUAAUAGGGAUAUAACUGACAGUAGCUAUGGCAAUAGGUACAUAAUUUAUAAGAGCAAUGACAUUAUAUGGACAUAUUGGUAGUAGCCAUGGUAAUAGGGGCAUGGCAAUAGGUACAUAAUUAGUAGUAGCAAUCAGUGCCGAGCAAGAGGGACAUAAGUUUGGAGUUGCUCAUCUCUCAGGUGUGACUAAAAUUCUAGAAAAAAGGGAACCUUUGAGAUUUUAGAAGCAAAAUAUUUUACAAAAUCAGGACGAUUGUGUGUAUGUAUUUCAUCAAUUAGCUUGUUUACUGCUGUUAUUUCUUUUGUCCAAUUAAUGCCUUCAUGAUAGCAUUGACAACAGCAACUACAAUGUCAUAGCAGCAACAAUGGCAAUUCUCAUAGAUCAUGCAUCACCAUAGCAACUAAAGUAAUACAAAUAUCAGCAGUAUUGCCAAUAAACUGAGUAUUAACAAAAUUCACCAACAACUAAAACAAAAGUUAAUUUUUCCUCCUUAAACAAUUCCAAUAUCCUUUUUCAGAUUUUAAAUGAUUCAUGUGCUGAAAAUUCUCACAGUGUACAAACUCAGUAUUUUUCAGUUACAACAUUCAGUAUGAACUCCUUUUCCUCAAAAAUGAAAUAAAAACGUGUCUCUUGUUUUCAUUUUUCUCAGUGUUGAUAAUAAGGAGUUGAUUUAAAGUUGCAGAUUUUGUGUCAUUAAUCCGAGUCAUGCCGCUUGAGGAAGCACUCAGAUUUAUCCAACCUCCACAAACUCAAAGAAAUCAUUGGUCAGUGGAUUCGUAGUUUCCUCUAUGGCUAGAAUUAGAAAACGUUUCGUAAGACGAACCAAAAACAAAUGUCGUGGAGUGUGAUGUGUUUAUUGAAAUACUGUGAAUAUUGCCGUGACCCCUAUUGCUUUCACUGAACCAAAAAACAAACCCUUUUCUUUACUUUAAACAAAAACGUGAAAAUGACUUUUAUUAUCCUGUAGCCCUUGAGUUUUAUUCAUACCAAGCUACAAAUCCUUUCUGGGAUGCAAUUUGAGUUCUGCAUCUGCCUAAAUAUAUAGAAGAUUAAUGGUGGAUAUCUACCAAAACAUAGAGUGCAGUUAUUGAGAUUUUCAGAUAAAGGGAACUGAUAUCAUGCGGACUUCAAUUCAACAACAGUGAGCAAAUAAAGAACAAACAAUUGUUUUGGGCAUAAAAUUUAUCAGAACGAAAGAUAAUUUUAAUCAUGACAACAAUUCUUUACUGCUAAAAACAGGCAUAUUUCCCUCGAAAGGUCUCGCGGAAAUUAAUUGCAGCUACAUUUGGAUCGAGAUGACAAUAUAGUCGGUUUUUCGUUAUGUUCCUAUAAAAAAAUAUGGAAUUAAUUGCUAUAAUUUAAUUAAUCUUUUUGUGUUCACAUGUCUUAAAACUUUUUGAUA